AGCGCCGCGCCCAGCAGCAGCUCGACCACGCGCUGCGAAACAGAGCCGGGCCGCGCCCAGCAGCAAGGGCGACUCAGGAGAAUGGACAUCAGUCACAGUCACGAGGACGUGCUUGCGCUCGACAAGCAGAUUGAGGAGCUCAAGGAGUGCAAACCGCUCUCCGAGGCCGAGGUGGAAGUGCUGUGCCAGAAGGCGCGCGAGGUCCUGAUGGACGAACCGAACGUGCUCACCGUCGCGCCACCGAUCAUCAUCUGCGGCGACAUCCACGCGCAGUACCACGACCUCAUCGAGAUCUUCCGGAUCGGCGGGCCGUGCCCCGACACCAACUACCUGUUUAUGGGCGACUACGUCGACCGCGGCUACUACUCCGUCGAGACAGUCACGCUGCUGAUCACGCUAAAGGUGCGCUACCGGGAGCGCAUCUUUCUGCUGCGGGGCAACCACGAGUCAAGACAGAUCACGCAGGUCUAUGGCUUCUACGACGAGUGCUUGCGCAAGUACGGCAACGCGAAUGUCUGGAAGCUGUUUACCGACCUGUUCGACUGCCUACCCCUCGGCGCGCUCGUCGACUCGCAGAUCUUCUGUGUACAUGGCGGCUUGUCGCCGUCGGUGGACUCGCUCGACCAGGUGCAGCAGCUGCCGCGGGAGGACGACACGCUGAAGACACGUCCACGACACGUCCACCGACUCGGCCACGACAUGCCCGCAGGUGCCGCAGUAUUCACGCGGUGCUCUGAAGACGCUGCACAAGACCGUGCUCCCGCCCUGACGUUGGCGUAUUCAGUACGUAGGCUUGUGGCGCGCGCGCACCAGCUGACCAUGGAGGGCUACACGUGGUGCCACGAGCGGAACGUCGUCACCGUCUUCUCGGCGCCGAACUACUGCUACCGCUGCGGCAACCAGGCCGCCAUUCUUGAGGUGGACGAGCACCACAAGUACAACUUCAUCCAGUUCGACCCGGCGCCGAGGCGAGGAGAGCCGCACGUCUCGCGCAGGGCGCCCGACUACUUUCUGUGACGCCCCCGGGCCCGCAUGAGAACAAUCAUUGUCCGACAGUCGCGGGGCGGGGGGGUGUGUCUCGAGCUCCACGGCGCAUGUGGGCCAUGUCACGUCUUUCAAUCUCCGGAGGGCGGGGAGCGGGGCGAGCGGCCCGGGCACGCAGCGGGGAUAGAGUUUCGUUGAGCGCCCCCCCGUGGGUGAGACGGGGGGGGUUUUGAGGCCGCCGUCGCCGCGUUGUACUUCUCUAGUACUGUAUUUUGUGCUGGGGCAUGCGUGGUAUUCGCGUAU